GCUGCUCCCCCCCACUCCCCCGCCAUGCCACGCCCGCCCCUCCCGCGCAACCUCAACCUCCCCCGCUGGAACCCCCCAAAGCCCCAUCUCGCAAAGUACCACCCUCCACCGCCGCACCCCACCACAGCCCACGCCCACUUCCUCCCGCCCACAUCUCCGCAGCUCCCACCAAGGAGGAAACCAGCGUUCAAUCCGGGUGGAUUUGGCCUCCAGAGUCAGCCGGCCCCGGCACCGGCUCCCACUUCGGCCUGGGGGAAGGGAAAGGAGCGCGAAAUGCAGGUCGACGAAAUCCAGAAAAAAGAUGACGAACUUAGACGCGAAGAAGAGCGGAUAGAGGGAAAGUCCCCAAAGGAAGGACGAGAAGAAGCCGAGGCGUGCUAUGUGCCACCGCCAGCCACUCUCCACUACGUCGCCUCCCACUCUCUGCCGCUUCUCUAUUCGCCCUCACCUCUUCCUCCGUUCACGAUCGCCUACGAAACAUGGGGUACUCUCAACGCUGACGCCUCAAACGCCAUUCUCAUCCAUACAGGAUUAUCUGCCUCUUCCCAUGUCGCUUCUCGAGGAAAUGACGUCUCCCCGUCCACUUCUUCCAAGCCGGGAUGGUGGGAGGACUUUGUCGGGCCGGGCAAGAGUAUCGAUACCGACAAGUUUUUCGUCAUUUGCACCAAUGUCCUUGGUGGCUGUUUUGGCAGUACGGGCCCGAGCUCUCCCUACCCGCCCGGCGAUGGCCAGACACGGUGGGCGACUCGGUUCCCGCUGCUCAGCGUACACGACAUGACUCGUGCCCAGAUCUCGCUGAUGGAUUACUUGGGCAUCAACAAACUCUAUGCGAGUGUGGGGAGCAGUAUGGGCGGUAUGCAGAGUUUGAGUUUGGCUUACUUGGCUCCGGAGAGGGUCGGCAGGAUUGUUAGUAUUUCUGCAUGUGGAAGAAGUGGUCUGAACGGUGUGGGUAUGAGGUAUGCCCAGAGGAGCGUUCUGAUGGCGGAUCCCAAUUGGAACAGAGGAUUCUACUAUGACGGCGUCCCCCCUCACAACGGCAUGAAACUAGCGCGACAGAUUGCAACAAUCACCUACCGAUCAGGUCCAGAGUGGGAGCAAAGGUUUGGCCGUCAGAUGAUUUCUGAGCAGGAUGCUCAAUUGGAUGCACAAGGAAACCCUGGCGUGCCCAGGUUGAGUCCCGAUUUCUUGAUCGAGACCUACCUCGACCAUCAGGGGGAACGUUUCUGUCUUACCUAUGACGCCAAUUCUCUCAUCUACAUCUCCAAAGCUAUGGACCUAUUUGACAUGACAGGUCCAGCCCUCACCUCUCUCGCCAAACGAUUCAACGACGCCUACCCCGACCAGCCUCCGUUUCCGUACCCCGACGACCCGGUUUCCAUCUCUUGCUGUGCGCCCCGCGGUGCCGCCGAAGCUCAUGACCAUAAUACGCCAGAAGAACAGGAAAAGUUGGAAAAGGAAACGAAGAAAAAGCUCGCAAGAUUUAUCCCUACUUCCAAAUCCCCGCACCUUGCCGACCUGGCACAGGGUUUGCAGAGGCUGAAAGAUAUUCCCACUUUGGUGCUUGGUGUUCAAAGUGAUGUCUUGUUCCCCGUGGAGCAACAGAGAGAGCUGUCGGAUGCUCUCAAGCUGACUGGGAAUUCCAGAGUGACAUACUACGAGCUCGGCGGUGUUUGGGGUCACGAUACGUUUCUCUUGGACGUGCAGAAUGUGGGUGGAGCGAUCAGGGGUUUCUUGCAUUAGACAUAAAAAUUGCAAAAGAAAAAACCUUACGACAGUUGUAAUGUAUGAUCUAAAAAAAGAGUAUUACAUCCAGUAACGAAUAGAACAAAUGCAUAUAACCUUGUACAA